CAAUUAUCAUAUUUCAACCAAAAUGGCCGAUUACUUAUCAUCCCUCUCCUUUCUCUCAGAGAACCCUGCCGCCGCGGCUAUCAACGAUGCAUACUCCUCGUUCUCCGACCGAAGGGCCUUGCUCAACCUGCCCAACCCCGGCACUGUCGAUAACCUCGCCAGGGAAGUGCAGAAGGAUGUUCUCUUGACCAACUUCAUGUUCUCCGGUCUCCGGGCAGACCUGACCAAGGUCUUCGGCAUGUCCCCUCUGUUCCGUGUGUCGCAUGCGUUCUCUAUGGGCUCAACCGGCAACCUGCCUCCAUAUGCUUUCUCCGCCAUGUUCGGAAACCCCAGGGUGUUUAUGCAAGGUAACUACGGAAGCGACGGUGCCCUCGCCGCCGUCGCCAACUACCGCUGGAACCAGGCCCUCGUCACCAAGACCAAUGCCCAGAUCAUGAACGGUGGUACCCAGGGCUUGGUCCAGAUUGAUAACGACUACACUGGCCGUGACUUCUCCGCGUCUCUCAAGGCCUUCAACCCCUCUUGCCUCGAGGGUGGUCUCACCGGUAUCUUCGUCGGCAGCUACCUGCAGUCUAUCACCCCCAGUCUCGCUCUUGGUUUCGAGGCUAUCUGGCAACGCCAGGGCAUCACCGCUCGUCCCGAGACUGCCCUGUCUUACUCCGCCAAGUACAAGGGUGAGGACUGGAUUGGUACCGCUCAGCUGCAGGCCCAGGGCACUUUCAAUGCCACUUACUGGCGCAAGCUGUCCGAGCGUGUUGAGGCUGGUAUUGACAUGAACCUCCAACUCCAGCCCUCUCCCGCUACUCUUAUGAUGGGCGGCCCUGCUCGUGACGGUACCACUGCCAUUGGUGCCAAGUACGACUUCCGUGCCUCUUCGUUCCGCGCCCAGGUUGACAGCACCGGCAAGGUCAGCUGCCUCCUCGAGAAGCGCAUUGCCAUGCCCAUCUCUCUCUCCUUCGCUGGUGAGAUCGACCAGGCCAAGCAAACGGCUAAGCUCGGUCUUGCCGUCUCCCUUGAGCUUGCUGGUGAGGAUGUCAUGGAGCAGCAGGACAAGGUUGACCCCGCCACCAUGAUCCCUCCUCCCUUCUAAGCUCUCCUCUCGCAUCCUCCGAGAUAAUAACCCUUUCGUCCCCCAUGUUUUAGUAGUUCUUCACUCUCCAUGUCUGGAAUGACAUAUGUUGUCUCUCUUCCUCGGUAUAUCCUCUUGACUCUGGGUUGCUGGUGCAGGUGGCAGUUGUUUGGCGCCAUGGAGAUUUCAAAUUUUU